GCAGGGAGAUCGAGAUCCACUGUCAUCUGAAUGCUGCCACCAUGGAAUGAACAAACGCAUCAACAACUCCCAGUCUCCGCAGUCCAAGCGAAGAGAGACCUGCUCACGAUGGAGCCGAAAGGAUCCGUCACGUUCCCGCAAGACGGGCCGCUGCCCCGACGCAGCCGGGGUUCCAGCUCCGGUCUGCACUACGGCUCAUUUGUGAACAGUCUUUCUUCACUUACACCCAAACCGGACGACAGGCCUGCCAUAUCACGUCGGCGAGCCCACGUCGCAGUGGCUGUGCUCUGCUAUGUCAACUUACUCAACUACAUGGAACGAUACACAAUUGCAGGCAUACUUCUAAAUUUACAGACGUUCUUUGAUAUCAAUGACAGUACAGCUGGACUUCUCCAGACAGUUUUUAUCUGCAGCUUCCUCGUGAUGGCCCCUCUCUUCGGUUACCUUGGCGACCGCUACAACCGAGUACACAUCAUGGCGGCGGGUUUGAUUAUGUGGCUGGUGACCGCCACUGGCAGCUCUUUUGUUACGAAGUCGUACUUUUGGCUUUUGGUGCUGUUACGAGGCCUGGUCGGGGUAGGGGAGGCGAGCUACUCCACUAUCGCUCCCACCAUUAUCGGGGACCUUUUCACCGGGGGACAACGGACCGUCAUGAUCGCUGCUUUCUACAUCUUUAUCCCUGUUGGGAGUGGUCUUGGCUAUAUAACAGGGUCUUCAAUAGCCAGCCUGACUGGCAACUGGCACUGGUCUCUCAGGAUAACUCCCAUUUUCGGUCUUGUUGGGUUGAUUUUAGUGGUGCUCUUAUGCCCAAACCCACCCAGAGGUGCUGCAGAAAACAACCGGCAUGGUGUUAACGAGCAGAGCUCUUACUUGGAGGACAUCAAGUAUCUUCUGCAAAAUAAAAGUUACAUAUGGUCAAGUCUGGGUGUGACGGCAAUGGCCUUCCUUACUGGAGCCUUGGCUUUCUGGAUGCCUACUUUUCUGUUCAGAGCUCAGGUGUCUCAGGGCCUUCAACCACCAUGCACUCAAGGGUCCUGCAACUACAGAGACAGUUUAAUCUUCGGCGCCAUCACCGUGGUCUCUGGCAUUCUCGGAGUGUGUCUCGGCACUGGUUUGGCCCGACGGUUGCGGGACAAAAUGCCCAAUGCAGAUCCACUCAUCUGCGCUGGAGGCAUGCUGGGAUCCGUCCCGUGCCUCUUCAUCAGCAUCUUCUUGGCAACGGCAAGCAUUCCGGCCACUUAUGUCUUCGUUUUCAUAGCUGAGUUCCUAUUAUCACUCAACUGGUCCCUUCUGGCUGAUAUGCUACUGUAUGUCGUCGUGCCCACCAGAAGGGCCACAGCCGAGGCUCUCCAGAUCACAGUCUGCCACCUCCUCGGGGAUGCCGGGAGUCCGUAUCUCAUCGGAGCGAUAUCCGACGCAAUACAGAAAUCCAAGCCUCCAUCAACAGACUGGAGCUUCCCUAGUCUUCAGUACAGCUUCCUGAUCUGCCCUUUUGUUGGCAUCCUGGGAGGGAUUUUCUUCCUCAUGACUGCUCUUUACAUCAGUGACGACAGAAUGGCAGCUCAGCGGCUGGUGGAAGAUCCUCCCCUGCAAGGUCCUACACCCGAGUCCACUGUGGAGAUGAACAAUGCGCAGAUCAUAUAGAGCUGGACAACUGCAGCGAGGCAUUUAAUGCUCUCGUUCAUUUGAUCAAAACUAAACGUGUGGCGAUGGAUGUCGGAAUGAACAAAAAGAGUGUUUUUUUUGUUUUUGUUUUGUUUGUUAUUGUUGCAAAGUGGUGUAGAAACAUAAACUUUACCUACCGUGCCCACACUGUCUUCAAGGUGCAUUUCACCAUGUUAACAUUCUGUACCACGUUGCACAAGAGGGAAGACAGGGCAGACGGAUACACAGUAGUUGAUAACAGAAUAUAUGUCGACAUAUUGUUUUGCAUUUUGAAUAAAUUGAACAA